UGAAUUCAUUGAAAUUCGUACUAUUGUGAUUUAUCUGUUUAGUCUAUUUAUGACACGUUGAUUAUAUACGUAAAUAAAACAGAUGGACAUAAUUUAAGCGACCAUUCUGUAUUCAAGUUUGAAUCUGAGGCUGCUUAAAAUGAGGAUAAAUGAAGAUAUAUUACUGGAGGGGGAGAAGGUUGUAUUAGUACCUUACAAUGCAGAUCAUGUUCCCAGGUAUCAUCAAUGGAUGUGCUCUCCUGAACUGCAGAAGCUGACUGCAUCAGAGCCCCUGACACUGGAGCAGGAAUAUGACAUGCAAAGAUGCUGGAGAGAAGAUGAUGACAAGUGCACCUUCAUCAUCUUGGAUAAACAGAAAUGGGCAGAUCCGAGUAUACCGGAGCAAGAGUGCAUGGUGGGAGAUGUUAACAUUUUCCUCACUGACCCCAGCGAUCCUUCCCUGGCUGAAUUGGAGAUCAUGAUUGCAGUGCCCUGCUACAGAGGAAAGGGACUUGGGAAAGAAGUAACACGCAUGAUGAUGUACUAUGGUGUCCAUAAACUUGGAAUUCAAAAGUUUGAAGUCAAGAUUGGUUUGGAUAACAAAAUCAGCAUUGCCAUGUUCAAGAAAUUCCACUUCCGAGAGCUCUCCAUCAGUGAGGUCUUUCAAGAGGUUACUCUUGGGGUCACCGUGAAUGAGGCUUUACAGAAGCAUGUUUUUGGAAACAUGGACUUCAUGCUGCAGAGGGAGUACGGGAAGGCACGUGACAGCAGGCAGGCACCGUUCACACCAUUAUCUCUGUGAUAAUGGUUUGUAGAAGAUCAUAUGAAAAGAGAAAAGCCCCACAGUGCAUCUCAAUAUGAAAUAUUAAUCACUCAUUGUGCCACAGAAAGCUGAGGUAACUAGAAGCAUUUAUCAUGUUCUGAUGUGACAAAAUCUUUCUGAGUUUUUCUAAUUCAGAAUUAAAUGUGAUGACUCAAUACUGAUCAUUCAAUACUGUAUUGUUAGAAAUAUUAUUUUAUUGUAUUGUGAUUUUAACUUAAGGCAUGGAAAUCAAGAAACUACUAUUACAAACUUUUAAUCUGCAUACUGCAUGUUGCAAUAAUUUAUGUAAAGAAAACGGAUAUAAAUUAUAUUUGUUAUAUUUUUGUUGCUUGUAAUAUUGUAAAUCUUUGUGACUAUACACAAGAUACUAAUCAGUUUGUCUUUCAUGUCGGUUAUUUGUGUUGUAGUAGAUUUAUGGCAUUUAUCGUCCUUGCAACAAUAACAAUAAAAAAUACAGUCUUGAAAA